AUGGGAGCCCAGGAAAUCGAAGCCAAGAAGCGCAAGCGCAAGCACAGCAGCAAGAAGACGGAGGAGGUUGCCGCGCCGAAGAGACACAGCAAUGGCGUAGAGAAGGCCGACAAGCCUCGCAAGAAGGCGAAGAAGGAGCACACGCCUGAGCCGGAGGUCGAGGAGGCUGUCGCAGAGGCUUCUGAGGAAGAGGAGGAGGAGGAAGAAGAAGAAGAGGAAGAUGUGGAAGUGGAAGUGGAGGGUGAGGAGGACGAGGCCAAGCUCAACGCCGAGCUGAAGCAGAUUGCAAAGAAGGCGAAGAAGAGCAAGAAGGCAGAUGCAGAGGCGUCGGACGAUGAGCAGGAGCAGAGCGCAAAUCCGAACGACCUGCCGCUGGGCACUUCGAUGCCAAAUGUCGAGGACCCAAAGCUCUUUUCUGAGCUGAAGCUCUCGGACCGCACAAUGGAGGCCAUCAAGUCGAUGGGCUUCGAGACCAUGACCGAGAUCCAGCAGAAGACGAUCCCGCCGCUGCUGAGUGGCAAGGACGUGCUCGGAGCUGCGAAGACGGGUAGCGGAAAGACGCUCGCCUUCCUGAUUCCCGCGAUCGAAAUGCUGUCUGCGAUGCGAUUCAAGCCGCGCAACGGUACCGGCGUCAUCGUGGUCUCGCCCACGCGCGAACUCGCGCUUCAGAUCUUCGGUGUUGCACGCGAGCUCAUGGAGAAGCACUCUCAGACAUUCGGCAUCGUCAUUGGAGGCGCCAACAGGAGAGCAGAGGCAGAGAAGCUGGUCAAGGGCGUGAACCUGCUGAUUGCGACGCCCGGACGCUUGUUGGAUCACUUGCACAACACUCCAGGCUUUGUGUUCAAGAACCUGAAGAGCUUGAUCAUCGACGAAGCCGAUCGCAUUCUGGAAGUAGGAUUCGAGGACGAAAUGCGCAGCAUCAUCAAGAUCCUGCCCACGGACCGACAGACGAUGCUCUUCUCCGCGACGCAGACAACAAAGGUCGAGGACCUCGCGCGCAUCUCGCUGAAGGCCGGGCCGCUGUACAUCAACGUCGACUACCGCAAGGAGCACUCGACGGUGGAGGGGUUGGAGCAAGGCUACGUAAUCUGCGACUCGGACACGCGCUUCAGGCUGCUCUUCAGCUUCCUCAAGAAGCACCAGAAGAAGAAGGUGAUUGUCUUCUUCUCGUCGUGCAACAGCGUCAAGUUCUACGCCGAGCUGCUCAACUACAUCGACCUCCCCGUCCUGGAGCUGCACGGCAAGCUCAAACAGCAGGCGCGCACCAACCGCUUCUUCGAGUUCUGCAACGCCACAUCCGGCACGCUCAUCUGUACCGAUGUCGCAGCGCGUGGUCUCGACAUCCCCGAGGUGGACUGGGUGAUUCAGUUCGACCCCCCGGAUGACCCGCGCGACUACAUCCACCGCGUUGGACGAACAGCGCGUGGAUCGCAGGGCAAGGGCAGGAGUCUGAUGUUUCUGCUGCCGAGCGAGAUUGGGUUCCUUAAGCUGCUGAAAGAGGCGCGGGUUCCGCUCGUUGAAUUCGAGCUCCCCGCCAACAAGAUUCUCAACAUACAAUCCCAACUCGAAGCGCUCAUCACCAAGAACUACUACCUCAACAAAUCGGCCAAGGACGGAUACCGCUCGUACCUGCAAGCGUACGCAUCGCACAGCCUGCGCAGCGUCUUCGACGUGCACAAACUCGACCUGGUCAAGGUGGCCAAGAGCUUCGGGUUCAGCACGCCGCCGCGCAUCGACAUCAGUCUGGGCGCCAGCUUGAGCCGCGACAAGAAGGUCGAGGGCAGGCGGGCGUACGGGAGCCAGCCGCAGCAGGGCAGGCGGCCGAUGAAGCCCGGGAAGCGGUUCUGA